AAAUCAAUGCUCAUAAUAUAAUUUUUAGUUGCCUCCCACUCUGCACUCCAUUAAGCAAUUAAUUAAGAAGUAAAGGGAACUAACUCUGUUGCUCUAUCACUUACCAUCUUCUUCAAUUGGCAAGUCAUGGCUGCUAAGCCCCAAUUGCAAAAUGGUGAAGGCUCUUCCCAUUGGAAGUCUUCUACUAACAUUACUCAACCCAAGUUCUUCAAGAUUAUUUUAUCCCAACAUGAACGCAGCCGUCUAAGGAUUCCGGAAGACUUUGCGAGCAGAUAUUGCAAGAACAUGCUAAACCCUGUGUAUCUUGAGGUUCCCACUGGAGAAGUAUGGGAGGUUGAAGUGGUUCAUUCUCAAGGCCAAAUUUGUCUAGGCAUUGGAUGGCAAGAUUUCAGCGACUUCUAUUCAAUAAGCUGCGGGCACUUUUUGAUGUUUGGAUACAAUGCUCGUUCUCAUUUUAAUGUCACUAUAUUUGAUUUGAGUGCAUCAGAAAUUGAAUAUCCAUACAGUUCUGCCCAUGGUAUACACACUCCCAUUUCUUAUUCCCAUGAAACACGCCAUGCACCAGAAAGAGACCAGUCCGAGUCGGAUGAUUCUGUAGAGAUCCUGGAGGGUAUUCCCAGAAGCCAGAAAGCGAACCCAAUAGUUCCUUAUAUGGUUGAGAAUUCUGUUGAGAACCUAGACCAUUGUCCAUUAGGACAGUCCAGCAAAAGACAAAAACAAGAAGGAGACACAGAGGAUGAUGUUUUUGUUGACAUGCAUAUCAAAAGAAUGAAGGUUGAGAAGUUGCAAGAGGAUGUAGCUUCUUUCACACGAGAAGGCCAAAAAAGCUGUGAAGGCUGUUGUACGCACAUGCAGCAAUCCAAGAAUGUUUAUGAUGAGAACAAGACAGUAAUGGACAAAGAAAGGGCUAUAGCCUAUCAAAGAGCAAAAGGUUUUAAAUCUAAGAAUCCGUUCAUUAUAUCUUUUAUGCAACCAUCAUAUGUCUUCUCUCCAUUCAAUCUGUCCAUGUCAUUGAAAUUUGCUAGGAAGUAUUUCCUUGAGAACUACAGAAAUUUAGUGCUUCGUGUUCCAGGCAGGGGAUCUUGGUCUGUCAAAUGCACUUUCGGAACAACAAAUGCUAAGAUCUUCUGGAAGGCAUUCGUGAUGGACAAUAAGUUGAAACCUGGUGAUGUUUGCGUCUUUGAAGUGAUUAAGGGCGCUAAGCUCUUGAUGGAUAUCACAAUAUUUCCAGCUGCUGGAAGCACACCAAUGCAUAAAAUAGCUGGAGAAGUGCCAGGGGUUUCAGAUAAAUCUGUUCCAUUUUCUCAAUCCAGAAUAGUUCAGACCAAGAAUUUAAAGCAGCGGAGAGGAGGUGCAUGUGGUUUCAAUUCAAAAGUUAAAGCAGAACAUGGCGAAGGCACUGGGAUUGAACAUCCUUUUGAGAUUUUGGGCCAUUGUCUGUUAGGACAGUACAGGAAAAGAAAAAGACUAGAAAGGGAUGCAGAGGAUGAUGUUCCAUUUGAUACUCACACCAAAAAUAUCAAGGUGGAAACGUCACAGGAGGAUGUAGCUUUGCCUUCUUUCAGAAAGACCAAAAAUUUUGAAUUUCUGUUCGAAGAAAGCGGAGAAAGUUGCAGGAUGCACACGCAACAAACCACGAUUGUUUGUGGUAAGAACAAAGCAGUAAUGGACAAAGAGCAGGCUAUGGCAUAUCAAAGAGCAAAAGCUUUUAAAUCUAAGAAUCCAUUCAUUAUAUCUUUUAUGCAACCAUCAUAUGUUUCUAAACCAUAUAAUCUGAACAUAUCAGCCACAUUUGCAAGGAAGUACUUCCGGGAUGAAUAUAGCAAUUUUGUACUUCGUGUUCCAGGCAGGGGAUCUUGGUCUGUCGAAUGCUUCCUGGGAACAUCAAACGCACAAAUUCGUUCUGGUUGGAAGGCAUUUGUGCUGGACAAUAAGUUAAAAUAUGGAGAUGUUUGUGUCUUUGAAGUGAUUAAGGUCACUAAGCUCUUGAUGGAUGUCACCAUAUUUCCAGCAGCUGGAAGCACACCAAUGCUUAAGAUAGCUGGAGAAGUGACAGGGGUUUCUGAUAGUAAAAGAAAGAUUAUCAAAACUGAUAUUUAUGUUCCAUGCUCUUCUCCAAAAGUAGUUCACACCAAUAGAUUAAAGCAGAGGAGAGGAGAAGAACAUGAUGAAGGCACUGGGAUUGAGAGUUCUGUUGAGAUUCUAGGCCAUUGUCCAUUAGGACAUGACAGCAAAAUAAAAAGACUAGAGGAGGAGACAGAGGAUGAUGUUUCAAUUGACAUUCAUGCCAAAAGUAUCAAGGUGGCGAACACACAAGAGGAUGUAGCUUCACCUUCUUUUACAGGAAAAACCAAAAAAAGUGGAGAAAGUUGCCGGAUGGACAAGCAACAGUCCAAGAGGGUUUACGAUAAGAACACGACAGUAUUGGACAAAGAGAGGAGUGUAGCAUAUCAAAGAGCAAAAGAUUUUAAAUCUGAGAAUCCAUAUGUUAUGUAUUUUAUGCAACCAUCGUAUGUCUCGAUACCAUACAGACUGGACAUAUCAUUCUUAUUUGCUAGGAAAUAUCUCUGGGAGAAAUGUGGCUUUUUAGUGCUCCGUGUUCCUGGCAGGGGAUCUUGGUCUAUUAAAUACGUCCUGGGAAAAUCAAAAACAAAAAUUUGUUUCUAUUGGAAGGCAUUCGUGCUGGACAAUAAGUUAAAAUUUGGUGAUGUUUGUGUAUUUGAAUUGAUUAAGGGCACUAAGCCCAUUUUAGAUGUCACUAUAUUUCGUACAGCUGAGAACAAACCAGUGCAUAAGAUAGAUGGAAAAUUGCCAGGGGUUUCUGAUUGUAAAAACAAAACUAUCAAAACUGAGAAUUCAGUUCCAUGUUCUCAAUCCAAAAUAGUUCGAAGCAGGAAACUGAAUCUUGAAAAGCAGCAGAAAGGAAAUUUAGAUGGUUUCACUUCAAAAACUAAAGAAGAACUCAGUGAAGAUGCUGGGAAGCAUGUGCAACAAUCCAAGUCUUCUUGUAAGGGCAGUGCAGUGGCCAAAGAAAUGGUCUUAGCAUAUCAAAGAGCAAAAGCUUUUACAUCAGAAAAUCCAUUCUUCAUAUGUUUCAUGCAACCAUCAUAUGUGUCUUCUGCCAUCGGACCGAUGCAAUUGUCCAUAACGCUGCCGAUAGCUAGGAAAUUUUUUGCUACUAAACAUAGUGAUGUGAUACUUCAAAAUUCAAGCAAGAGAUCAUGGGCAGUAAAAUGUAGUCUUGGAACAGUAAACGCUAAGUUGACCUCCGGUUGGAAGGAGUUUGUGCUGGACAAUAACCUAAAAGUAGGUGAUGUUUGUGUGUUCGAAAGGGUUAGUAGAUCUAAACUAUUGUUCAAUGUCAUCAUAUUUACUUCUGCUGAAGGUAUGUAAGAUGGUUUCACUUGUUUAGUACUUUAAACUCCUAUGCAUAUUUUGUUUAACUAGUCUAUUUUAGUUGCUUGUUUUUGAAAGGGAGGAAACGAUGUAUAUUAUUCUCCCUAAGCACAACCUUAGCUUUUGGUGUAUUUGAAUUUGUAAACUUGAACUUGUUGUAAAGAGUUGAGCUUGCUCGACUCCAUGUUGUAUAGAAUGCAGCUCUAUGUGGUUGUAUA